AUGUACUCAACCGCCAUCUGUCAUGUGGUUGCGAUGCCUUAUCCAGGCAGAGGCCACAUCAACCCUUUGAUGAACCUCUGCAAAUUGUUAGUUUCUAGAAAACAAGAUAUUAUCAUCACCUUUGUUGUCACAGAAGAGUGGCUAGGAUUAAUCGGCUCCAAUCCUAGGCCUGAUAACAUACGCUUCAGAACAAUUCCUAAUGUCAUCCCAUCUGAGAGGGUUAGGGCACAAGAAUUUCCUGGCUUCUAUGAAGCUGUCAUGACAAAGAUGGAAGCUCCUUUUGAACAGCUUCUUGAUCGGCUUGAACCACCUGUGACUGCCAUCAUUGCAGAUCUUGAGUUAAGGUGGCCAAUCAAUCUGGGGACUAGAAGGAAUAUUCCAGUGGCUGCACUUUGGACAGCGUCAACAUUAUAUUUCUCUUUGCUCUAUCAUUUUUAUCAGUUCUCAAAAGAACAUCUUGCAGUCUUGAACCUGCCAGAUCAUGUGGACUACAUCCCUGGAAUUUCUUCAUCAAAUAUAGCGGACCUUAAAACAGUGUUCCACAAAAAUGACAAUGGAGUCUUGCAGCUUCUCCUGGAUUGCAUUUNUUUAGGAGAGAAAUGGGUGCCUGGAUUACCACUGUCACCCAACCACCACCGUCGACAGCAGGCCAACCACCACGGACCGCAGUUGGAAAGCGUCGGAGUUGCUAAAAAUGACCGAGAGUCGGUGGAAGGUUCUGAUAUAGCCAUUUCUGGCCAUAUUGAUGGCCAUUAA